CUGCGUCCUCUCUCUCUCCUCUGUCCUCCCCUGCCAUUUCGUCCCCGUCUCCCCGACCAAAUCAUGGCCUAAUCACGCCACUCCUCCGUGAGACCUGAGCCCCCCCGGCCGUCCAUGGAUCCUGCACACACGCAGUAUAUAGAUUAUCCGUCGGCUCCAUAUGAGGCGCCAUGCCUUUCUUCCUCCAAAGUUCUAUGGCUGUCUAGCGAGCCAUCUUGAGGCUGAGCUAUCUCCACGUUACAUGUUGCCAGCUUCUCGCGCCUCCUUGUCCCUUUUCGGAGGGUAAUUUCUUGAGGCAUGGCGCUGGAGGCCGUGGUGUUCUGUGAGGGACUCUUCGGCAGCUGGGCCAUGGCGGCGGCUCCCGGAGGAGGAGGAGGGUGGAGCUGGGGCCAUGGCGGAAAUGAGCAUGGCGGGGCCAUGGAGGGGAUGAUGGACUUGGAAGGGGGCACCGCCGCCGCCGCCGCCUACUGGGAGGUGGACGCAAGCUCCUCCGUGAUGAUGAAAGGGCCUGAUCAGGAGCCGGACGGCAGCUCUGCUGCGCCGCCGCCGCCCGAGAACGGAUGCGGCGGCGGCAAUGCAGCAGCAGCUGGUGCCGGCUUUUCGCAGGAGGUGCUAGCCGUGGCGACAACGGCGACGGUAAUGUCGCCGCCGUCGGCGGCGGCUGGGAGGCGGAAGCGCCGGAGGACGAGGAGCGUCAAGAACAUGGAGGAGGUGGAGAGCCAGCGGAUGACCCACAUCGCCGUGGAGCGCAACCGCCGCAAGCAGAUGAACGAGUACCUCGCCGUGCUCCGGUCCCUCAUGCCGGCGUCCUACGUGCAAAGGGGAGACCAGGCGUCCAUAAUUGGCGGCGCAAUCAACUACGUCAAGGAGUUGGAGCAGCUGCUCCAGUCGCUGGAGGCGCGGAAACACGCCCGCCGCCACGACCCGUCCCCCGGCGCCGGCGCCGGCGACGCUGCGCCGGCGCCCUUCGCGGGCUUCUUCACCUUCCCGCAGUACUCCAUGAGCGCCGGCGCCCGCUCCCCCGCCGCCACCGCAGACACGCCACCCGCAGACGACGAGCAGGGCCCAAACAACGCUGACGCGGACGGCAACAACGGUGGCGACGACGACGACGCCUCGGGCUCGAGGCCGUCGUCCGUGGCAGAGGUCGAGGUGACCAUGGUGGAGAGCCACGCGAAUCUGAAGCUGCUGUCCCGGCGGCGCCCGCGGCAGCUGCUGCGGCUGGUCGCCGGGCUGCAGGGCCACCGCCUCACCGUGCUGCACCUCAACGCGACCAGCGACGACGCCCGCCACAUGGCCCUCUACUCCCUCAGCCUCAAGGUGGAAGACGACUGCGCGCUCUCGUCGGUGGACGACAUCGCGGCGGCGGUGCACCGCAUCGUGGAGGCGAUCGACCAAGAGGAGGGCGGCGCCGAGCUCAGAUCGCAGGCUGAAGAAUAAUGCACUACCUGUAGGCUUUGAUGUCUGAACUGAUUUGCGCGUUUUGUAUCGUCAAGUAGCAAGCAGUGCCCCCUCCUGUAUUUAGCAACUUUGCAUCUCCCAUCUAUGGACGACGUACGAUUUGUUCUA